AUGUCGCUCAAGUUUGACAACUUCCUCCAGCCGUUCUGUGGGAACGGGGACGAUUUCGGACGUUUUUGGGAUAAGUUUCUGGUGCUUGCAAACAUACAAGGUUGGGACACGGACGACAAGAAAGUGAAGAAUUUUCCGUUGUUCCUGACGGAUGACGCGUUUCUUGUAUUUUCACGGAUGCCGGCAAGCGAUCAGAAAGACAAAGAUAAAGUCUUGGCGAAAAUGGGACUGUCGUUCACUCUGACGAAGGCGCAGGCGUACGCCAGAUUCACCUCACGGACGAUGCGCGUGGAUGAGUCCCCCGACGCCUACGUUGCCGAUUUGCAGCGACUGAGUACUAUGGCGGGGCACAAGGCUGAUGACGACAAGGACCCGAUGAUCAUAGAGCAGCUGAUCAAGGGACUGCCGGUAGAGUUUGCCCGAGAGCUAAGACUUACGAUGGCGGGCAAAGAGUUGAGUGUGACGGGUUGCCUGGACGUGGUACGGGCGUUGAAGGCUGCGACCUCGGACCACUUGACACGAGUGCGUGGCGAUGUUGUUGUGGCAGCUGCCACCACGGAUGAGCAGGCGUGUUUCAACUGUGGCGGAGUUGGCCACAUGGCGCGGCAGUGCCCGAAAGCGAAGAAAUCUGGUCGCAAGAGUGGUGCUGGUAAAGGAACGCGCGGCGAGCGUACUGGCCCUCGAACCUGUUACUUCUGUGACAAGCCAGGUCACAUGAAGAGUGACUGUCCGGAGCGUAAAGCCUGGCAAGAGCGGAAAUUGUCUGGAGCAGCAACGGCUGCAGACAGUGGCUCCCUGGCGAGGGGUGCGUGUUUGUGCACUGUAGCCGAGGCUACUAGAGCUUCACUGCCCAGAAUCUAUGUUGACGUGCGAGGCGUGGUAGGCAGCGAAUGGGCACGUGCUAGAGCAGCAGUGGACACUUGUGCAAGUUACACAAUGGUUACGGUCGAGUUCCUCAAACUUCACAGGAUUCCGUUCACUGCUCAGCCACGUGUGUCUGUUGUAUCCGUGGAUAGCAGCAAGGUGAAGAUCAGAGGAGCAGUUGAUCUGGAACUGCAGCGCCAAGGGGAUGGUGAACCGGUUAGUCUGCCAAGAGUGCGUGUGAAUGCCUGCGUUGUCGACUCAUUGACGGCUGUGGCAGCAGACCUCCUUCUCGGUGCUGACGUUAUAGCUGGUGUUGGUGGCGUUCGACUCAGUUAUGGCCAGGACGGCGAGGUCAAUGGCGUGUGCUUUGGUCCUCAACCUAGAGAUACCGGUGCAGCCGCUACUGCUGCAGCUGACGUUGAGAGCACACUCCGUCAUGUGGACGUCACAGAGGACGAUUGUGGUGUGACCCUGAAGGCCGAAGACGGAGAGCUCCGGUGGGACAACGACAAGCAGCAUUGGACGUUGCACUGGCAGUGGCGUGAUGGGCAAGCUCCUACAUCUCCGAUCGGCUCAGGGAUCGGACAGUACGCGAGGCACAACCUGUCAGACAAGCAGGAGUCGCAGUUCUGUGACGAGAUGGACGCCUGGGUCGAGAAUGGCUACCUGAUCGAGUACGACGAGGCUACGUACGGUCCUCCGGCGGCCAUCAUUCCGCUGCUCGCCAAGGACCAAGCCCACAAGGAGUCGACCCCAGUUCGUCCUUGUCUUGAUUACCGUGGCUUGAAUGCGGUGAUUAAGUCGAACCCAGGCACUGAUGCCCCAGCAUGCGGUGAGAAGAUCCGCAAGUGGCGACAGGUUGCAGACAGCCAGUUUGAACUUGUCGACAUACGUAAGGCGUACUUGCAGGUACGAGUCGACCCAUCCCUCUUGCGCUACCAAGUCGUGGUGUGGCGUGGGAAGCUGUACGCCAUGUCACGGAUGGGUUUUGGUCUAUCGAUUGCACCAAAAUUCAUGGCCAUCAUUGUUCGGUGGGUGACGCGACGAUGGCCUGAUGUGGACAACUACGUUGAUGACGUCCUCACGCCAGCGGAGAAGCGCAAGGCCGUCGCUGCAGAGCUAGCACGGUAUGGCUUGCCGACAAAGCCACCAGAGCAUCUACCCGAGGCGCGAGUGCUUGGCCUGAAGCUAUCGACGACUGCUGAUGGUACCAUCAUGUGGGUUCGCCGCGAUGGAGUCGACCUCAGCUUCCGCCAACCGCUGACGAAGCGUGGUGUAUUCCAAUGGACAGGUCGGCUCACAAGCCACUAUCCAGUGUGCGCAUGGCUUCGCCCAGCCUGCUCAAUGUUGAAGCGGCUAUCAAGUGCAGUGGACAGAUGGGACACGCCGGUUCCACCUAGCGUUCUUCAGUGUGCUGACGAAGUUGCUGAGCAGCUGUCCGCUCAAGACCCCGUCCGUGGUGUGUGGCAUGCAUCAGCCGAGUCCGAUGGAGAUUGGGCUGUGUUCUGCGAUGCCUCGGAUCUGGCAGUCGGUGUGGUCCUCCAGCUGAACGGCCAAGUCAUCGAAGACGGUACAUGGCUGCGGGACACAGCCGAUAAGAAGCACAUCAAUGUGGCGGAGCUAGAUGCUGCGGUGCGUGGACUGUCGCUUGCAGCGCAAUGGCACCUGCAGACGGUACGACUCGUCACCGACUCAAAGACAGUGUACGGCUGGCUGAAGCAGGUCCUCGACAAUGUGCGCCGAGUGAAAGUUGGUGGGCUGCACAAGAUACUGGUUGAGCGGCGACUGGAAGUGAUUGCUGACCUCGUCCAAACGGUCGGCCUCAAGGUCCGAGUGGAGUGGGUGCCGACUGACCAGAACCCGGCCGAUGAGCUCACCCGUGUCCCGAGGCGGUGGCCCAAGGGUACAGCCGAGCCGAGUGAUGUUUGUUCUGUUUCUGUGGCAACGCACAAGCAUGCUAUCGGGCCUGUUACUCUCAGUGAGAUAAAGGAUGCGCAGCAAGCCGAUACCGAGAUAUCACAGCUGCUGGAUGAACUGAAGUCGGGAACCCCCUGUCGUCGAAGCUGUACAGACCGGUCCGUGAUCAGCUGUUGGACCAUGACGGUGUGCUGA